UUUAAUUCUACUUUCAGUCUUCCUCCUAAAUCAUCAAUUUCAUGAAUAAUCUUGGUUCUCAGAUCUGGCUUUACCCUGGCAUGUUGAUGAUGGUAACUCAGUAGGGCAAAUUGGUUCUAGUAUAUAUCUAUAAUAAACCCAUUGCCGUAGAGUGGAUAUUGACACAUAGCCAACUCUGUAUGACAAAGCAGAACUGCCCCAUAGGGUUUCCAAGGAGCGACUGGUGAAUUCAAACUGCUUACCUUUUGGUUAGCAGCCAAAAGCUUAAUCACUGUGCCACCAGGGCUCCUAAAUUUAUAAUGUUCAUCCUCAAAAAAAGUCCUUCUGUUCCCUACACUAUUUUCAGUCUCUUAUCUCCUCGAAUCUCUCGCCAGCCCUAAUUUUCUACUGCUCAGUCUCAUUAGAUGAGCUCACCUUGGUGUUUAUAGGAAAUAAAACAGAAAACUGAAGUCUUCUGAUGGGAAUUCCCUCAACUCUUCUAUACUAAAAACAUAAAACUUCUCUACCCAUAUUUUCCUUCUUCUGUCUUAUUGAAAGUGGUGGCUAAUUUAUCUGCAUUAAGAAUCUCAUGUAUUAGAUUGAGCUUCUUGGCACAAGUAGAUUCAUGAGGCUAUGUUGGCAGCUCUUGUCUGGAGGGAAGAUGAGAAGGUAGAGGGGGACAGGAGCUGGGUGAAUAGACACAGGGAAUACAGGGUGAAGAGGACGAGUGUGUUGUCUCGUUAGGGGUACAGCAGCUAGGAGAACAUAACAAGGUGUGUAUAAGUUUUUCUUUGAGAGACUGCCUUGAUUUGUAAACUUUCACUUAAAGCACAAUUAAAAAAAAAAAAAAAAAAGAAGAAUCUCACAUAUUCUGGUACCAAGCAAGGUACACAUAUGUUAGGUAGAGAUUUUGGCCUCUAAGGAGAAUCUAGCUCUUCAAAAUAUCAAAUUAUGGUCAUGCCCUUGAGGAACAGAGGGUAUUUUAAUUGGUUAUUUUGAAUUAUUAAAAAAUAAAUGCUUUAGGGACAACACUGAAGAGAUGUAUUAUAAAUCUUCCCUUUUUUUCUGACAAAAUGUGGUAAGUCACCUUUGCAGGUAGGUUAUUUUCUACAUUCAUCCACUAAAAAUAUAUGUUCUUCUUAUGCAUGGUGAUCAGUGUUCCACCAAUGGGGAAGAGAAAUAUUAUUUUCAUUAUUAUUAUAAAUAAUUAUUUAUUUUCUAUUCAUGUAUUAAUAAAAGUUACUUUUAGUUAUUUUAUGCAGAGUUGUUCUGAUGUAUGUAAAUAAACAAUGACCUGAAAGCGCAAUUCUUGAAGAGUAAUUAUUACAGCCACAUCUUAUUUUUUAUGAAGAACAUAGAAAGAGUGAGAAUGGAUAGAUAUGGAUGCUAGGAACACAUUUGAACAUUAUCUGUGCUUCCUUGAACAUUUCCAUGAGCAAGUUAGUGCACAAAAAAGAUGGGAACCAAAAUAAUGAAUAAUCUUCUCAGAUUCUUGAACAGCUUAUUGUUCAAAUUUCACAUUUUCUGAAUAGCUACCUUAUGUCAUUCCUCAUUGCGCUUUUACCCACCUUCAUUUUUCUUCACACUGCUUGCUUCUACCUGCUAUUAGGUUAUACAUACAUUUGUUUAUUUGUUUAAUAUCUGCCUCCUCUACUGUACUGUAUGCUGCACUAAGGUGGGGGAUUUGUUAAUUUGUGUACUGCUGUUACUCCAGAACCUAAAACAAAAAGAAAAAAAAAAAAAUCAAGCUUUGCAGUGUGAAGGGCUGAAUUUACAAUGAAGAGAGGACAAUUCUUGAUUUUGUACUUUCUUAAUCCUGUAUCAAGAGAUAAAUAUCACCAAUACAACAUCCUUAAAUGAAAUGAGGCUGGAGAUAUAUGGGUUUCAAGUGAAAAUGCUGUACUGAAUAUUUACCUUCUAUUUUGUACAGAAAAUACUAGGAUAUCAGACCCGGAGGAAUUCAAGAGAGAUACAACUUCCUUCAUUUGUUCAUUUCAAUGAUGCAAAUGAUCAACUGCUUUUCAUAUCUGAUUUUUAUCCCUCUUUGGCAAUUUUCUUUUCCUCAUGAUGUUUGAAAGGAAAUACCAAAUGCAGAGUUCCUCAUAAAGACAGGUAUAUAUGUGUAUGCACACAAAUAUUUGGUGUGUAUAUGAGAGAGAGAGAAUACUUGAGGUACAUGUCGAAAGAGGCAGUGAGAUAGAUAACACAGGGAUACAGGGUGAAAAUAGUUCAUGUAGAUAUUCUGUUAUGAUUGUUGAAAAAUGAAGAGAAGUUGACCAUGAAAGAAUGGAUCAAUGAGUGAAUGAUAAUGUGGUUGUAAUAAGUGCAGAAUUAGGAUCAGAUGGAAACCCUCUCAUUCCUUACACUUUCAGGUUGCAAAAGAUGAGAAAAUGUUCUCCCCAAACUGUACUACAGUGACCGAAUUCAUUCUUGUAGGACUCACAGACAACCCCAUAUUGCAGAAGAUCCUGUUUGGGGUGUUUCUGGUGAUCUACCUAGUCACACUCAUGGUGAACCUGUGCAUGAUCUUGCUGAUCAGGACCAAUUCCUGUCUCCAGACUCCCAUGUAUUUCUUCCUUGGCCACCUCUCUUUUGUAGACAUUUGCUACUCCUCUAAUAUUACCCCCAAUAUGCUGUACAACUUCCUCUCAGACCGAAAGACCAUCUCCUAUGCUGGAUGCUUCACACAGUGUCUUCUCUUCAUUACCCUGGUGAUCACUGAGCUUUACAUCCUUGCUUCAAUGGCAUUGGAUCGCUAUGUUGCCAUUUGUAGUCCUCUCCAUUACACUACCAGAAUGUCCAAGAACGUUUGUAUAUCUCUAGUCACAGUCCCUUAUGUUUAUGGCUUCCUAAAUGGACUCUCUCAGGCAGUUUUGACUUUUCACUUAUCUUUCUGUGGCUCCCUUGAAAUCAAUCAUUUUUAUUGUGCAGAUCCUCCUCUCAUAAUGCUGGCUUGCUUUGACAUCUAUGCCAAAAAGAUGGCAAUGUUUAUAAUUGCUGGCUUUACUCUCUUCAGCUCUCUCUUCGUCAUUCUUCUGUCCUACCUUUUCAUUUUUGUGGCCAUCUUGAGGAUGCAUUCUGCUGAAGGCAGGCACAAAGCCUUCUCUACUUGUGCUUCCCACCUGGCAACGGUCACAAUAUUUUAUGGAACCCUCUUCUGCAUGUACUUAAGGCCCCCGUCUGAGAAGUCCAUAGAGGAGUCCAAAAUAAUUGCAGUCUUUUAUACUUUUUUGAGCCCAAUGCUGAACCCAUUGAUCUAUAGCCUAAGGAACAAGGAUGUGAUUCAUGCCAUGCAGCAAGUGAUCAGGGGAAAUCUCUUUCAUAAAAUUGCAGUUUAAGAGUCUGUUCAUUUACAGUCAUUAAAUUCCUUGGAUAACACAAUGACUCCUAUCAAAAGAUAUACCUACUAUUCAGUGAUCAUAAUUUAUCAUCAUGAACUGUCAGUGAUCACUUUAGCUAGUUUCUUCUCAAAAUUAACACCUUCAGGACAGAGUGUCUUUAUAGAAAUUUUAAUAUUUAGACUAAGGAUAUUUUCUUUGGCAGAUAUCUUCUGGAAUCAAGUUGGUUGGGAUCCAAAAAUUCAGCAUAAUAAUCGACUUGGUUACUUACCUGGGGACAAAUUUCAUUACUAACUGACCUUGAUGAGAACACUAGAAAUUUAUCUCCUCUGAAUAAUACAGUUCACAGAGCCAUAGAGAGGUUCAGAAUAGGGUGGCUAGUUUUGUACUUCUUUAAUAAAAGAUUAUGAAAUAAUUUCUAUUACAAUGUGUAGUAUAGAAUCUUGACUCUGGAUCCUAACUAAUCACUGUGAUCACUUUUGAAAUUUUUAAAUACAUGUGUCAUUCAGAGGUUUAAACUUUCUGUGGGUUUUCCCCAAACCCAUGUCAUAGAUGUCUUGAGAAACCACCUUAUAGAAAAACUUGAGAAACACCAUAAUACUGAUUAUUAUCCUCAACUUCAACUUCUUGUAAGUUUCCAAGAGUAUAGGUACAAUUCAAUCAUCAAUGUAGUAUAAUGGCAUUCGUGGUAUUUUUUUUUUAGUGUAGUAGGUCUGACUUCGGGCUAACUUACAAAGAGUCGAUAGGGUCUACCAAAUGGCUUCUACAGAACCAAGAAUGCUUGAAGAAGUUAUAAAAUCUAAUAGGUGUGUAUGUAUCUCUCUGGAUGUGAAGAUUCAAUGUUUAUUUGGUUCAUAAAGCAUAGUUUUCUAGAUAAGGCAGGUCCCGUAAUUCUCAAAACUUCUAUUGAGAAAAGUGGUAAUAAGAAAGUUUAUAUAAAGAAAUAUGUAAUACAUCCGUAUUAUUCCAUACAUUAUUAGUCAACUAAAUAAGUGCAUCAUGAACCGUUUACUUAUGUAACCCUUAUUAUCUUAAAUAUAUUCUAUUUUACUAUUUUUUAGUCUGAUUUUAACUGUCACAACUAUAAAAAAAUGUUCAUAGUACCAAACUACUGUAUUUUUACUGUCACAUGUUUAAAUUGUUUAUCAGAAAAGUCUCUCAGGUGACCCACAGUUUUUGUAAAAAAAAUUAGGCUCCAUUUUUAAUCUCAGUUGAUUGACCAAGGCUGUGCCUAUGAAAAUCCUCUUUCAGAAAUAGCAAUUGAAAAAUAGAGUAAUUUCUGGGUUAAUAGAAUAUAAUAUUUAAAUUUCAGAGCCAUUUGAAGAUUUGCAUAUUUGUGUUUUGGCCAUGGUUGUAACACAGCAAAAGAAGCUGCUCUGCAGAGAGACAACAAUGAAACACAGAAGGCUAGAAAUGCCUGGCAGAGGGUCCUGAUGCUCAUAGAGCUCCUGGUGGCACUUCCUUUUUGAGGACCAGCAUCAGUCAGUCUGUGGGAGUUCCCUUAUCGUACAUUGAGUUUCCCUUUUUCUUAGCCAAAGAGUUGUGUUUCCAUUUCUACCAACCAGAUUGUUUUGCCAUCAAAUUUAAAUCCCAUUUGAAAAAAGUGUUUAGAAUCUGUUAAAAAAAACACUCUGUUUUUUA